GUGAUUAAGCAAAUGAUCCACAGGCUUACCUACAGCCCAGUCACAUGGAGGCUUUUCUCAAUCUUGGUUCCCUCUUCUCAGAUAACUAUGGUUUGUGCUAAGCUGACAAAACACUAGCCAGCACAGCCCCCUUCCCAAAUCUCUCUUCCUGUUGGUUUAGAACAGAAGAGCCUUAUCUAAUGAGUAAUUUGGGGAUUGAGAAUGCUCCCCUUUUUGGAUCCGUGGUUCAGUCAGUAGCAUGUAACUUUCCAACUCUUUCAGUAAAGACCAGCAAAUAGCAGCCCACCGGCUAGGAGAGAGGGGCCUAGAGCUUCUGCUUGUAUGACUCUUGGCUCUAAGCUACAAGAAUUUCUUACACACUUGCACCAGGCCCACUUAGAAGGCUGUGACCACCUACCUUUCCUCUUCCCACAGUUGGUUUUGGGAAUCCCGCCAACUGACUUCCAAGCUAACAGCUAGUGUGACCUGGAGUCCAUACUGCAGGCUGAGUUCCCUAAAGUAUACACAUCUGCAUCCAUUUGUUUCCAGGUUCCCCAAUCAUUAAUGUACUCGCUAAUGUUUCCUUAUAAGUUCUGCAUGUGAAGCCUGAAUCUGCAGCUACGUUACUACAACUGAUAUAGCUAAAUUACCUUCCAGGUCUGGAUUUCAGUCACUUCCUCCAUAAAACAGAGAUGUGUUCAAAUUUUUUCAUUAAAAAAGUAGUUUCCAAGUAUUUUCCAUUAGCCCAGCAAUGAGGACCAAGUACUGAAUGCUCCCAGAACGGAGCUGGGGAUCUAAAGGUGGAGGCUCGCAUUAAGCAACCUUGAAUUGGACAGUGAUUAGACUAAGUGCGGUUGGAUUUGAGCACUAACAACUGCAGCUACUGAGAAGGAUGCUGGUGGCUUGGGACCGAGCUCUGACAUCCCUGAGCUGCCAAUGAUUCUCCAAAAAUGGGUGACUGGUUCCGUGGGCUCCAGCUUCUCGUGCAGGACCCGGGCCUUGGGCAAGUGGAUUCUCUGGGUUUCGAUGACAAGAGCCUCAAAGGGCUGAGGGACACAUCCUUCACCUGAGGCAUUGUGCUGGGUGAUGCCCUCUGGCCGGCUCUGUGCACUAGGCCCUCCAACGAAGGCGCCUGUGCCGUCGCUGCGUGUGGCAACAGCGACACCGCCUGGAGAGAGGUAACUCUAGCACGUGACUUUCCAAGGGCCUGAGUCCGGGUGCUGCUUCUUCUCUACAUCCAGCUUUCCAGCCUGGGAGCUUCAAGUACGGCCACAGGCGAGUGAAAUCACACUCCGCGGGUCCGAGGACCAGACCCUUGGGAUUCCGCUCGACGGAAACGGAGGACAGUGCCUAUGGCUAUAAAGACCACUGCGCCUGCGUACUCCUGCCUUUGUGCGAAGUCGUCACCGCUUGAGAAAUUUGUCCUAGACGACUUACCAUCUGUUUCCAAGACAACCCGGGAGUCUCCUGGCAACAGCGGAGCGGCCUGCGCCGGUCUCCCCGACCCAUCCUUGCAAUGGCCACAGCAAGUCCCAGCGUCUUCCUGCUCAUGGUCACCGGGCAGGUAGAGAGUGCCCAGUUUCCAGAGUAUGAUGACCUCUACUGCAAGUACUGCUUUGUGUACGGCCAGGACUGGGCCCCAACAGCGGGUCUGGAGGAGGGAAUCUCACAGAUAGCAUCCAAGAGCCAAGAUGUACGGCAAGCAUUGGUGUGGAACUUCCCCAUCGACGUGACCUUUAAAAGUACCAACCCCUAUGGCUGGCCACAGAUUGUACUCAGCGUGUAUGGACCAGACGUGUUUGGGAAUGACGUGGUCCGAGGCUAUGGCGCAGUUCAUGUGCCCUUCUCUCCUGGACGGCACAAAAGAACCAUCCCCAUGUUUGUGCCAGAGUCUACAUCUACACUACAGAAGUUCACAAGCUGGUUCAUGGGACGGCGGCCUGAGUACACAGACCCGAAGGUGGUGGCCCAGGGUGAAGGCCGGGAAGUGACUCGUGUUCGCUCUCAGGGAUUUGUUACCCUCCUCUUCAAUGUGGUGACCAAGGACAUGAAGAAGCUGGGCUAUGAUACUGGGCCUGUGGACACACAAGGAGUCCUGGGUCCCAGCCUGCCACAAGACAACCCACAAUAAAAGUCAGCCUUUCUGUCAACCACUAUGGACCAGAUGCCCUCCAGCCUACACACAACCAUAUCAACUGAGCUGGGAAGUUGGGAGCUAAAGAUAGUUUUAUAUAAUAAAGUGUCACUUUUUUCCCCAGA